AUGUCCGAAGAUAUCGUACCAGCAGUCUGCUAUGAUAUGUGCAACAAUGCCUAUAUCAAGGCACAAACGAUUGGGAAGAAGCCGGAGUUAUGCCUCCCGGACUCUGGCUUUGAGCUCUACUACACCGCUUGCGAGCAGUGUAUUACGGAAAACGCAAAUCUCAGCACGACAGACUUCAACAAUGCGUCGUCCCUCAAGCAGUUUGUGGACUAA